AUGAACCUUCUUCCCUCCCUCUCUCUGGAGACAUGGGCCCUUGUGCUUCUUUUCAUAGCCCUUGUGGUAGUAUAUGGCACCUGGCCUUUUGGCUUGUUCAAGAAGCUGGGCAUUCCUGGGCCCACACCUCUGCCUUUCUUUGGGACAUGCCUGGAAUAUCGCCACGGCUUCUUGGACUUUGACAAAAAAUGUUUUGAGAAAUAUGGGAAAGUCUGGGGGAUUUAUGAUGGCAGGCAGCCUGUGUUGGGUGUCAUGGACCCUCAAAUCAUUAAAUCUGUGCUGGUUAAAGAUUGCUACACCACCUUCACCAACAGGAGGCAUAUAGAGCUAGGAGGGGUGCUGAACAAUGCUAUCUCACUAGCUGAAGAUGAUCAAUGGAAGAGGCUUCGUACUGUGCUCUCUCCAACCUUCACCAGUGGGAAACUCAAGGAGAUGUUCCCUAUAAUGAAGCACUAUGGGGAAGCUUUGGUGAAGAAUGUUCAGAAGCAAGUGGAAAAGGACAGUGCUCUGCCUGUAAAGGACAUCUUUGGAACCUACAGCAUGGACGUUGUCACCAGCACUUCAUUCGGUGUGAACCUUGACUCCAUGAACAACCCCAAAGACCCCUUUGUCAGAGAGAUGAAAAAACUGGUCAAGUUUGACUUUUUUGACCCACUCUUCAUCAUAGCAGCUAUGUUCCCAUUCCUUGUUCCUCUUAUGGCUAAGAUGAAUCUGAGCUUCUUCCCCAGUAGUGCUGUAGAUUUCUUCAUGAGAUCCAUUGCCAAAAUUAAGAAGGAACGUGAACAGGAGCCCCACAAGGGCAGAGUAGAUUUUCUGCAGCUGAUGAUCGAAUCCCAGAAGGGGAGCAGUGAUGCAAGUCACUCACAUAAAGCCCUGACUGACACAGAGGUCUUGGCACAGGCAUUCAUCUUUAUCUUUGCUGGGUAUGAGCCCACCAGCAACAUACUUGGUUACCUGGCCUAUGAACUGGCCCUGCAUCCUGACGUGCAGCAAAAAGUGCUGGAGGAGAUCGACACAGUUUUACCCAACAAGGCUCCUCUGACAUAUGAGGCAGCGAUGCAGACGGAGUAUCUUGACAUGGCAUUGAACGAAACCCUUCGGCUCUAUCCCGUCGGAGGACGGCUUGAGAGAAACUGCAAGAAAGAUGUAGAAAUAAAUGGAGUGACCAUUCCCAAAGGAACAGUUGUUAUGAUCCCACCUUUCAUCCUGCACCGUGACCCUGAGUUCUGGCCAAACCCAGAGGAGUUCAGACCAGAAAGGUUCAGCAAGGAAAACAAAGAGAACAUAGACCCAUACACAUUCCUGCCCUUUGGAGCUGGUCCUAGGAACUGCAUUGGGAUGCGUUUUGCUCUCCUGACUCUGAAAGUUGCCAUCAUUGCCCUAUUGCAGCAUUUCACCAUUCAGACCUGCAAAGAAACUCAGAUCCCACUCAAGAUAAAUUCAAUGGGACUCUUAACUCCAGAUAAACCAAUUGUUCUGAGGUUUGUCCCCCGGUCCAACACCUCACGUGCAGAGGCAUAA